CAGAUUAAACGAAAAUUUCAACUGAAAGUUUUGCCUGAUUGCCAACAUUCGACAGAAACAACAACAACAACAUGAAAAUAACCCAGAAACGUAUCCUAUUUACACCGGUCAAUGGUGUUGGUCAUGUUAAUGCUUGUAUUGGUAUUGCAAAAUCAUUAUUAAAACGUGGUCAUCGUAUUGGAUUUUUUGUCGAACGUACUUAUAAUGGAAAAAUUCAAAAACUUGGUUUUGAAGAAUUUUGUUAUGAACCAUCAUUUUUUGGUGUGAAAAAAGAUACAGCGAAUUUAAAAAAUCCCGGUGAAUCAGCUGCACAAUAUUUAGUUGAUAAAAAAAUUAUCGGUAAACAAAAUACAUUGGAACAAUUGAAAAAAUUAACUGAAAAACCAGAUGAAUCAAUGAAUAUUAAACGUUUUGAAGAUAAUGAAAAACUUAAACAAGUAAUCGAAUCAUUUCAACCAGAUCUUUUUAUUGUUGAUAAUAUUGUUCUUGAACCGAUUAUUGAUUGUUCGAAAAAACCAUGGAUCAAGAUUAUGAGUGUAGCACCAUUGGUAUAUUUAUAUGAUAUUGAUCAUCUACCACCGGCAUGGUCAGGACUAGCAGCCGAUUCAGAUCGAAAAGAAUGGCCAAAAUAUCGUGAAAUUAUUAACCAGUUUAUAGUGAAUAAAGAUAAUAAUGAUUUUAAUGAAAAACAUGGUUUUCGACGAUAUGAAAAUGAUUUACUAAUGCCACUUACUCAAGUGUUGACAAUUUAUGCCUAUCCAGAAGAAUAUGAUUAUCCAGAAAUUAAAGAAUAUCAUCCGGAUUGGUUUAAUUUAGAAGUUUUCAAUAAAAAUGAAUCAGGUGAAAAAAUUGAUUUGAAAGAAUUUUUACCAAAAGAUUUUUAUGAAAAUGAUUUGAAUGGUAAUUGGUCGGGUAAAUGGAUUUAUGUUUCGAUGGGUUCAAUGGGAUCAGUCGAUCUGAAUCUAAUGCAUCGUUUGAUUGAAGUUUUAUCCAAAACUAAUCAUAAAUACAUUGUAUCGAAAGGACCACGUCAUGAAGAAUAUGAAUUAACUGGCAAUCUAUGGGGUGAUCGUUAUUUACCGCAGGUAAAAAUUCUACCCGUUGUUGAUUUAGUCAUUACACAUGGUGGUAAUAAUAGUGUAACCGAAACAUUUGCUCAAGGUAAACCAAUGAUUAUAAUGUCAUUAUUCUGUGAUCAACAUGAUAAUGCACUACGUUUAUCGGAAACAAAUUGGGCAAUCAAAAUACCGCCAUAUGAUUUUACUGAUGAACAAAUGAUCAAAUCGAUUGAUCAUCUUCUUUAUGAUGAAGAACUGAAUCAACGUUUAAAACAAGCAUCACAACGAAUACUACAAACUGAUAAACAUGAACAAAUGUGCGAAAAAAUCGAAAAAAUUUUGGCCAAAUUUGAUAAUAAUAAUUCUGUAAAAGAUUAA